AUGGACAAGCCAAGCACCCGGGAGGAGGGAAGUGCUCCGCUCCUGGUCCCCAAGUGCGAAGCGGUGGUCCAGCCUCGAGGGGCCGCCCAGCCCCAGGGGAACACCGAGGACCCCCGCAAGCAGGAGGCAUCCGAAGACCAGGUGGAGCUUCCGAACGACCGAGGAGCUGAGCAGCAGGCCGAGGAAGAGGAAGACGUGGGAGAAGGCAGCAGCACCGAGAGCAGCCGCGACGCGCCAGAGGCUGAGCCUCGCGUAAAGACCCCCGCAGCAUUCCCAACGUCCACCCCUUUGGGGGAAGGAGCGCGAGGGGCGGCACGGCGGCUGCGAGGGCAGCAGCUGGAGGCACUGACUCGCGUGGCCCUGAUGGAGCAGCGAGUGAAGGAGCUGCAGCGCCAGAGGAAGGAGCUGAGGAUCGAGAUGGAAGUGGAGGUGGCCCUGCUGAGGGGUGAGCUGGCAGGGGAGCGAGUGGCCGCUCGGCGGGAGGAGGAGCAGCUCCGGGAGCUGCUGGGGCAGCAGGUGGCCGCAGAACAGGGCGGCCGAGAGCAGCGCGAACAGGAGAAGAGGCGGCUGAGCCAAGAGCGGGAUCGUGUGAAGGGUCUUCGCCAGAGACUCCAGGAGGCCCAGGGACAGCUCAACUCACAACCAGAGGACCAGCGGGAGAGGCUUCUACAGGGGGUGCAGGAGAUAAGGGAACAGUUGGAUGUGGCCCAGCGUGCCUAUGAGGACCUGGAGUUCCAGCAACUGGAACGGGAGAGCCGGCAGGAGGAAGAGGAUCGGGACAGCCCUGGGACCCAGGCACCAGACCCCAAGGUCCAGGAACUUCAGGCCAGUGUGGCACAGCACAAGCGCCGGAUCCAGGUCCUAGAGGAGCAGCUCAAGUCACUGGGGGAGCAAAUGGCAACUGAGAGCCGGGGACUGAGCCAGAAGAAGGAGGAGGCUCUUCAGGCCCUGACACAGGAACGGACCAGGCUGCUGGAGCUCAACCGCCUGCAGGGAACACCUGCUGGGGACUUCUCUGAGCCUAAUCAGGCCCUCACUAAGCUGCUGUUCACCCAGAAGACAGACCGCCAGCUGCUGGUGCUCCAGGACCCCAACGCCCCUGCUGCUGCCACCUCUACCUCCUCCUGCCUCUUCUCCGUCCACAGCUCUCUGCAGGGCUCCAUUGGCCUCCAGAGGACUGGCAGCCUGCCCCGGAAAAGGGGAGAGAGGGCGAGCCAGAGAGGAUCCCCCCGACCUCUGUCACUCCAUUAUACUGGACCUCUGGAGGCCUCAACUCUCUCACCACCAGUGGGGGACUCCAGCAGACACCCCCUCUAUCAGCUGCUGAACUGUGGCUCUGGGAAUAGCUGUGGGGCCCCCCACCCAGACAUUGCCCACAUGGAAAGGCUCCUGAAGCAGGCUGUGGCAGAGAGGGAGCGGCUGCUCAAGGCCAGGGAAGGGACAAGAAGGAAUACAGAAGCUUCCUCAGGCUCCACUGUUCCUGCCAUCAUGGCACCACCCACACCCCACCCUCCAGGCCCCCGAGUCUUAGAUCUCCGGCAGCACCUGGAAAGAUGGGGCCACAACCCAGAGAACUGCCCACAUGUGCGGGUGACAGGGGUUUGUUGCCGUGGACCCCUGGUGAAGAUGGGUGGCCGCAUCAAAACGUGGAGGAAGCGAUGGUUCUGCUUUGACCGCCAAGCCCGCCGCUUGGCCUACUAUGCAGACAAGGACGAGACCAAGCUCAAAGGUGUCAUCUACUUCCAGGCCAUUGAGGAAGUCUACUACGACCACUUACGCUCUGCCUUCAAGAGCCCCAGCCCUCGCCUGACGUUCUGCGUCAAAACCUACGAACGCCUUUUCUACAUGGUCGCCCCAAGCCCCGAAGCCAUGCGCAUUUGGAUGGACGUCAUCGUGACAGCAGCCGAUGAAAACCACGCCCCCUGAUUUGCCCCCGCCCAUUCGGGGGACGUCCCGGCGAGGCCCCACCCUUUCACGUACGCGGCGGCCCUCCGAGGCCCCGCCCACUGCCAAAAAAUCUGGGCCCUCUCCUUUGGAACUCUUCCCUGGAAGUCUGCUGGCGCUGCAGCUCGGCUGGUCUGAGUCUUGGCAGGUGUCUUCCGCCACAGGAUCACCGGCCCCUGAGGCCCUGCCUGGGGCAGGAGGAAGAUUGCGGGGAGGGAAGGAACUAUUUAUUGGUGCUCCUAUGAUACCGAAUUAAACCGGGAGGAAAA